UUCAUGAAUUAUUCACUUUGCACAACUGCACCUGCCUGGCUGGGGAUCAGAAGGAAAUAAGGCCAAAGUCUGAUAAAUAAAGGUGUGAUCCCUGCCUCUCCUCCCCAGCCUGGUGCCAUGGCUGACACGAUUUUUGGCAGCGGGACAGGCCAGUGGGUGUGCCCCAACGACCGGCAGCUGGCACUGCGUGCCAAGCUCCAGACAGGCUGGUCGGUGCACACGUUCCAGACUGAGAAGCAGAGGAAGAUGCAGGCUCUGAGCCCGCAGGAACUUGAGGUCAUUCUGGAAGUCAUCCGCAAGGCAGAGAAAUUGGACAUCACCGAGCAGCAGCGCAUUGGGCGCCUGGUGGAGCGGCUGGAGAACAUGAGAAAGAACGUGAUGGGGAACGGCCUCUCGCAGUGUCUGCUCUGCGGCGAACUGCUCGGGCUGCUGGGCACCACGUCGGUCUUUUGUCAGGAUUGCAAAAAGAAAGUUUGCACCAAGUGUGGAAUAGAAACCUGUGGAGCCCAGAAACGUCCUCUUUGGUUGUGCAAGAUCUGCAGUGAACAGAGAGAGGUCUGGAAGAGGUCUGGUGCGUGGUUCUACAAAGGGCUGCCCAAGUACAUCACACCUUUGAAGAGCAGCAGCAAACCCAGCGAGCUGCACUCGCAGCCUUGGCAAAGCGAGCCAGCCGUGCCAGAGGCAGAGAGCGUUGGGACUAGCCGAUCCUUCACCUGGGCCAGGGGAAAAGUGGUUUCUAGCGACAGUGAGAGUGACUCGGAGUUCAGUUCCUCCAGCCUGGAUGACAAGCCCUUAUCCCCGGGGUCAAAAGGCUCACAAGGCAGAAAGCACCGAGCAGGACUGGCACCCAUCGGGGAACCCAGCCAGGCCACGAGCAGGGUGCUGGGGAGCACCCACUCCCCUACCCUCUCGGGGAGCCGCAGCAGCCUGGGCAGCGAGCCGGGGGCUGCCCUCAGCGCCACGGAGAGCUGCCAGAGUGACCAGCCGGCGGACGGGCGUGACAGUGAUGCAGGCAGCAGAGUCCCUGGCAAACGGUACGUCCGCACCAGAAGGCGAUGCUGACAGAUGAAGAUGGAGGUGCUCUGCCCGGAUCUAGCACUCGCCCCUUGCCCACUCCUGCAGACCUCAGUCUAGACGACGGCUGCUGCCAAUGGUGACUUUAUGAUGCCGGGUCUUGCACAGGCAUUAGCAGCAACAUGAUGGCACCCAGGAAAGCACCUGCCUGUCCUCCCUGCCUCCCUGACCUGGUUUAUGGUUUGGUCUGGUUUCCCCUUCUGCUGACUGACGUGCAUUUGGGGUGCUGCUCGGAGAGGGGUGCCGUGCUGUGUGGUGCUGCUGUGGGGUCCAGACCUGUGAGUGUUGGAAAGGGCACAUGGAGUGCUCUCUGAAGCUGAAGAAAUGUGUGCUGCCUCUGUUGUUCCUGACUUGUCAAGCCUAGCCUUGGGUUCAGCUCCUGGCCUCUCAGUCCUGGCUUUGCAGUUUUCAGAAGAAAAGGAAAUUCACCCCUAUAUCCUUGAAAUAGGGUGUGAGGAGACUGCAGCCCUUCUACUGCUUCUCAGCCCAGGGGUGUGUUUCUCUCUGUGAAUCCCAAGCGUGAGACCAGGGCUCCGGUUUGCACUUGACUUCCAUGGGCUCAGGGUGUCACCCUUUGUGUUUCUUGUCAUCAUUGUUCUGGUUUGAGUUGGUGUGAGUUUGGUGGGGGCAUCCUGAACCAGAUGGUGAAGUUGUGCUCCCAUUCAUUUCUACUGAGGUCUCUCGUGAUAGGGAAGACACUUCAGUUAGUAAAGAAACGCUCGAAGAGGUGUACUAUGAAUUUUCUGGUCCUCCUGUGCACCGGUUUGUGUGUCCUGUGGUGAGGGUGAUGCUUUUGCAGUGGGGCUGUGGGCAGUGUGUGUGUGCUGCAGCUCCUGGUGGGAGAACACUCACCACCCUGCAGCCCAUCUGGCUGCCUUCGGGUACCCAAAUUGGAUAAAAGCUUUCAGAUUACUUUAACUAGUUGAGUUCUGCAGAUUCUCCUCCCACGUGCACACCUUGUCAUCUCUUGCAUGAGGAGGGGGCCUUUGUUUUACCUUUUUCCUGCAAGUCUUGAACAUCUAGCUUCCUGAUGGUAUCCUCACGAGUCAGGCUGUAGAAAGCUGUGUGCCCUGGUCCUGCUUAUUCUCUGGGAUGGACAAUUUCCCUCCAAGGCCUGACAGAUGAGGAAAAUCAAAUUACCUAGUAUCUCUAGAGCAAUUAGAUCUUUGAAGGCCUGAACAAAACCCACACUAGGCAAGUAGGAGUCAGCGAGUUUUAUUAAAUGCUUUGGAUCUAACCCAUCUUUUGCUGAAGAAACAAACGAUUCCGAAAAGCUCCCUCUGAAGUCAUGGGUUUAAAGGCAAUUUGUGCCUGUUAAUGUCAGCCUUUUGCCUUGGUUAUUACUCUUUUGUUCCGUUCUCCUUUGCUGCUGAGCUUUGUGUGCGUGUAGUAUAUGCUCUUACAAAUGGCUGCAGUAUGAAGAUAAAUGAGGUUGGGUGCUGGAACACUCUUAACAGGAGAUCGGAAAUCAAUCCUUGACUUACUUUCUAAAUGAACAUGGUCCAACAGAGGACCAUUCCCUUACUGCUUUUCCAGCUAACGCUCUAUGGCACAUGGCUGGGAAAAUCCUUCCAGCUCUUCCUCUGUGAUCUGUUUCUGCCCUUUUAAAAAUGAAAACACAACCUUUGGAUGAUGUGGGCUCUUCGAGGCGGCAUAAAGAGAAACCACUGAACGUGGGCUUUACACCAUCAGUGUUGAAGAGAACAAGGGAUGAGGUGGCUCUCUGCUGAGGGAUGCUUUAUGUCAUGGUAUGUGUUUUUUAAACCUGGCCAUUGGCUUGACCAGAUGCAUCUCUGAAAGGGGCAAUACCAGAAUUAUUAGGCAUUUCUGAAAGGGUAAAUUCAAAAAUCAGCUUUUGCUGUGAUUUCGGAGCUGGAGUCAUGCUGUUUCUUCUGAGAGCUAUAGGAUCUUCAAUUUCACAAGUGUUUUGCCCCCAGAAAAGUCCUGUCUUGCCUUGGAGCUUUUAACAAUCCUACCAAGGCUGUCUUGCUCAUGUUGUCAUUCCUGCAGCACCUCAGACAGCCUGGCCUGCCAGCCUAAGUUAAUUCUCUAGAAGAAGAAGGAAAAAGACACGUAAAAAUUGACUCAAUUUUCUUUAAACCUGUUACUUUCUCAUCAAAAACUCUACAAUGAGUUCGAAAGAGUUUUUAAAAUCGAGUAUCAUUUUUAACUCUUCCUGGGUUUCUUGUGCUUCAUUCCCGGGCGGUGCAGGCAGGUCAGGCAUAUUUUCACCCACACUCUCACUUCCCACAGCUGCUUAUCACACUGUGGGCUGCCUGCUCUGCACAGCAACCUGGCAAUCCUUGCUGGCUUACUGUGCCACUCUGAGACAUCAGUUUGAUUUUUAAUUGAGACUGGAUUUUAUAAAAUACCCUCAGAGAUAAGUUUGGGACUGCUCUUCUACCGGUGAGACUGGAAGCCUUUCUUUCUUACCUGUAUAUUUUGCCUCCAUGGAUUAAUUCCACCUGAGUUUGAACCAGAACUGUUCAGUCAUCUAUGGAAACCCUCUUGGGUUGACGGAAGGAUCUAGCCCAGGAGAAUGUGAUGUAGCUACGUUUGAAUGUGAUAGAGGAGCGUCUGCAGCUCUGUGCACAUAUUUUCUAUUAAAGACCACUUUUCCCUUUGUUGUGUCUUUUGUGGUUGUGUUUUUUAGCUUUCCUUGGAAUAUUAUCCUAAAGCUGUACCAGUUGACUUCCUUUUGAGGUGACUCAAGGUGAGCAAGAAGGGCUCAGUGAAUAGUGCUCAGUCUGCUCUGGUUGUUUGUGUUUCUUACGUUAUUUGGUUGUUCUUGUCUUCUUACAACUUUUAUGUAGUUUUUUACUACUGGAAACAAUAAAGCUUUGGCUCAGUAACAACUACUUGCCAUUCUUGAAACAGUAAAAAGUCUUUUUUUUU